CUGACUCAUCCAUUACUUGAACUUUAGCUUCCGUCCGGGUAUGCUGCCGAUUUUCCUGUCUCUAAAAUUUGACCUCGAUCAUAACAUUGAUUAUACUCUCAAUAGUGUCAGCAUAACUGCUGAGUGCAUCAAUGCUUAUAAAGAGCUUUUAUACAAGAGGGGAGCAGGUAAACCUGCCUUCGUUAUUUAUAAGAUAUCCGACGACGAACAGUCUAUUAUGGUGGAAGAAUGCUCCCCAGAAAAGAACUACGAAGCAUUCCUACAAAGACUUACGUCUGCGCAUGAUAAUGACGGGAAAGCCGCACCUCGGUACGCCAUAUAUGACGUGGAAUAUGACUUGAACGAAGACGGCAGGAGAGCGACAACUGUUUUUAUUAGCUGGAUGCCAGAUGUGACGCCUACUCGCAUCCGUAUGCUGUACGCUUCUACAAAGGAGCAGCUUCGAAGGGCCCUCGAUGUCAAAGUAUCCAUUCAUGCUGACGACUUACACGAUAUUGAAUGGAAAACUAUAUUGCGAGAGGCGAGUGGUGGACGACUCUAAGCUGAUCAUGACCCUCCUCUUUAACACCAUGGAGGCCUGUUCAGCCCAUGCUCUUCUCAAUUAUUGGC